AUGGCUUCUACAACCACCAGCUCUUGUAUCAAGAAUCAAAGUAGUAAAUCUAAGGCAGGGAAUGAAGAAUUAACACGUAUUAAAAGACAAAAAGUUGACAAUGAAGAUGAAGUAGAAAAAACUACAUUUGAGAAUAUAGAAGAUAUAACAUUAUUAUGGUUAGAUCUCAAUAUGAAUUCAACAACAAUGACAACUGAUUCAAAGUUAACGAAAGAAUCGCUUCAAGAAGUGAAUAAUUUCGUGCUAUUUUUUACCGAAAAAGAUGAAUGUCUGAAUUAUAUAAAAAAUGUUAAACAUGAAAAGAUUAUCUUGGUUCUUUCUGGAUCAUCAUCUGUCUCUAAUAACAAUGAAUUAUUACAACAGUGCCAUCUUUUACGUCAAAUUGACUCGAUAUUCAUAUUCUGUAUGGAAAAACAUAAAUAUGAAAGUCUUUUAUCGAAUUCCUGUUAUAACAAAGUGAUUGAUAUUUGCACUGAGCAAGACUCAUUGCUACAGAGUAUCAGAAAAACUAUAAAAUUGUUAGAACAGCAAUUAACUGUGUUUUCCCUGUAUAACCAUACACAAAAAGUUGCACGUAAUUUAACAACAGAAGCCGCUACUUUCAUAUGGUAUCGACUAUUAAAAGAUGCAUUACAAAGUAUGCCGUCAGAUGUCAUAGCGCAUGGCCGACAAGAAAUGCUGGACAAUUGCUUUAAAUAUUAUCGAAAUAACAAAAAAGAACUUGAAAAUAUACGUCAGUUCGAAAAAUCAUAUAAUUCUUCAGACGCUAUACGGUGGUAUACCAAAGAUAGUUUUAUAUACAAAAUUAUCAAUAAAGCGUUAAGAACUGAAGAUGUAGAAGUUUUAUACACAUUUCGUUUUUACAUUGUUGAUCUAUGUGCGGCUCUAAUGGAAAACUACCAAGACCUAAAAGAUUAUACACCAGAGCCAUUGAAAUUAUAUCGCGGUGUGAAACAAACAAAAGACGAUAUACAAAGACUGAAAGAUAAUGUUGGCAGUUUAAUUUCAAUGAAUGGCUUUUUUUCUACUACGAGACGUCACAGCGUAGCACAAUUUUAUGCUGGGAUUGAAGCCAAUCCUGCGACGAAUACUAAUACCACCAGCGUAGCACCCAUCAGUAAUAAUUACGAAUCGUUGCUGUUUGAAAUUGAGAUUGAUCUGAAAGAGCAAAUAAAUUGCAUCUUAGCUGAUAUUAGUUAUCUCAGCCAAUUUUAUGAUGAAGAAGAGGUUUUAUUUGAUCUUGGGGCAGUAUUUGAAAUUGAAUCUGUGAUUUAUAACAUGACGGAUAAGUAUUCGACAUGCAAAAUGAAGGUUUCAGCAAAGGGCGUAGAAGUUGCGAAGGAAUAUGUCACUUUUCGAAAAAAUGAAAUGAAGAAUGCUGAUUCAGUUAUUCUGUUUGGAGAUCUAUUGUAUGAUAUGAGAGAAUAUAAUAAAUCACAAAAGUAUUUCGAAAACUUGAUAAUCACUCGACCCGAUGAUGCCCAGGUGUAUUUAGGCAUCGGCCGUGCUCAUCAUGUUAAAUCGGAAUACGCUGCUGCGUUAACGAACUAUCAAAAAGCUUACGAUUUAAGUGAUAAAUCUGACUAUUUAUUAGUUGCCAAAGUAUUACAAUAUAUGGGAAAUGUACACAGAUUCAACGGAGAGUAUGUUUUGACACAUAAAUGUUUAUCAGAAGGUUUAGAGAUUCUUGAACGAAAUAAAAUUGGAAAUAGCAGUGACAGGCAAGUCGCUGAUAUUUUGAGAGAUAUGGCAGACUUAUAUUGUUUCGAAGGUAAAGACACGAUGUCAUUCAGUUAUGCAGUUAGAGCAUACGAAUUAUUAAAGCAACUAAUCCCGUCAGAUCAUCCACAUUUAGUGAGUGUCUUAACCGCUAUGUCUCUUGCAUUACGUCACAUGGGCCAAUAUGAUGAAUCGUUAAAAUAUCAGAUUCAAUCAUUACAAAUAAUUAAACAGGUUUUGUCUGAUAACCAUUCGAACCUCGGUGCUAUAUUAAAUAAUAUCGGCAAAGUUUAUUAUAAAAAAUGCGAUUAUGCAAAAGCUAUAACGUAUCUUAGCGAGACAGAAGAAAUAUACAAAAAAGUUUGGCCUAAUAAACACCAACGUCGAGCCUUUCCUUUAAAUCAUCUUGGCAAAUGUAACUAUCGUACAAAGAAUUAUACCGCGGCACUUGAUUAUUAUAAGCAGGCACUAGAUAUGAUCGAAAGUACGCUCUCCAUGAAUCAUACCAAUCGUGCAUACACGCUAAAAAAUAUCGGCGAAGUGUAUUUAGAUCUAGAAGAUUGUGACAGAGCUGCUGACUAUUUUCAACAGGCAUUAAGCAUAUAUAAAAAAAAAAUUGGUGAUGAUGCUGACCACCGAGAAAUAGCAAAAUGUUAUCAUUUUAUUGGUCAAAUUCAUGUAAAGCAGAACAAUUACGAUGAAGGACUACACUAUUUUUAUAAAACCUUCAAUAUAAGCACAAGACCAUCCAGAUUUAUCAUUAUGUACACGUAA